AUGAAUACUGAUUCCAGUUUAUCACCAACAAAUAAAGAUUCAACACUUAUGAAUACAUCUUCAAAUUUAAAUAUUAUGCAAACAGCUACAAAUCAUCAUGAACAAAAUCAAUCAACUAUUGAUGACAUUUUUCCAGCAUCAAAUGAUGUUUCAUCAUCAGUUAAUAAUAUGACAUCAUCAUUAACAUUUUCUAAGUCAGUUACAAAUUCAAUGCAUGAUUAUGUAUAUCCAUGGUUGAGACCAGAAUUUAAUUCUGAACGUAAACGUGUUCGAACAGGUUAUACACAUCAUCAAAAACGUGAAUUAGAAAAAGAAUUUAAUUGUAACAAAUAUUUAACACGUCAACGACGAAUAGAAAUUGCUCGUAAUCUUGAAUUAACUGAACGACAAAUUAAAAUUUGGUUUCAAUGUCGUCGACAUUGCUGGAAACGUGAUAGAUCUAGAUCACUCAAUGAUCGAGAUGUUCAACUUGAAGCAAAUGCAACAAAUCAUGAUCAAAAUCAUCAUUCAUCUGAUAUAUCAACUAAUGAUUCAUCAUAA